AUGGAUCGAGAACAGUUCAUGAGCAGACACACUGUUUUCUCUGUGCAGGCGAUAUGCAUCCUCGGAAUGGUUGCGAAUGUUCUUGGAAAGAGUGAUUUGCUGAUCCCUUGGAUCAGCGCUGGCAUUCGAAUCGCACAAUGCCCUGGAUUCCAUCAUAUCGAAAAGAGUGUCUUCAGUGAAUCAUGGAACGAAACAGUAGAGAUGGAAGUUGAGAGGAGGGUAUGGUGGAAACUGGUUGAACUCGACUACCACUCAAUCCCAUACACUGGAACAUAUUUAAUCAAAUCAACGCAACGCAUUUCACAACGCGGCAAACCUCGGAACUGCAACGACGAUCUUGCACAUGAGGACGAAGGCCAGCUUACCACCAGUACUUAUUCUAUCAUCAAGGCAAAAAUGGCCCUUCUGAUACCUGCCUUACUUGAUGGUCCUCAACAGGAUGUCGCUUCUCGCUAUCAACAUGUUGUUGAUAUCGAUCGGAAGAUGCGAGAACUGGUUGCUAACAUACCUCGUGCUAUCUUAAGAGACCAAAAUGGCACGGAAUCCACCCUAGAGUGGCUCACCUUGGCUCGUAGGACGUUGGCUAUAGCCGCCGCAGACAAGAUUAUUAUGAUACAUCGAUCGUUUCUACUCAAAAGCUUCCAGUCGCCCGCCUAUCUGUUCACCCGACAGACCUGUGUCUCUGCAGCGAUGACCAUCCUUCGAGAACAUGAAGAAAUAUCAAUAGCUGGCCCAGAAUGUCCUGCAAUCUGGGUGCACUCAGCCUUCUGUGUUGCUGCCAUUGUGGUAAUCUGCCUCGAAUUACUUUUCUGCCAUGCCUCGAUAGCGCCACAGCGAAAGGCGCACUACCUCGCACUCAUCCGAGCAGCAAGAAUCCGAUUGAAUAAAUCCAAGAAUGACACCAUGGCACGCCGAGGCGUCUUUCUUGUCGAUGCUAUGCUUAACGAAGGUCUAUAUCAUGAUCACUGCGCAGAUAAUACCAGCGAAGAUUCAACCCGGCAGAAGUUUAUACAAAUUCUUCACAAGUUCAUUCAGUUCGACGCGGCCAGCUCCGAAUCCCCUUCGGGAGGUGGCGAGAGCUUCACUGGAGAGCAGUAUGAUGAUUUCAAUGUCUGGUUCAACAACCAUUUCAGACUGCAUCAAUCAACAUGGCUAUUUCUAUCAACGUGUCCCACAACCAUCUCCCCCGGUGGAAAUACGCAGAACCAUUUGCAGCUCACACACCAGAUAUCUCCAAGCAAACUCAUCCAACAUGCCGCAUCCUGUUGCGCCUCUCCAGAUCAGACCACUGCCAGCCGAGCAACGCAAAUCAACGCUCCUCGGCGCCGAAGUAAUCCUCCCAGACUCCACGACCCUAUUCAACCCAACCCAACUAUCAGAAUCAGACAAGCAAACAUUUCGACAAGCCUUCUUCGACAACGGCGUCCUACUCAUCCGGAACCAACCCGGCAUCUCCCUCAAAAUCCUCUACGACAUCGCCGACCUCCUCGACCCAGCCCACCUCCCCCACCACUCCGUAGGCCAAAAGCAAGUCACCUCCCCCAAAGACAUCCUCUCGCAGAACAACAGCUCCCGGAUCCCGCGCGCCCCAUAAGUCACAGUCAUAGGAUCCGGCCGCGUCAGCAACCACGAGGGCAUCCCUUACCUCCAUCUCAAACACGUCGACCAAUCGACGUUCCACGCGCACCCGUUGACGGCCGCCGAAAUCGCAGCGGGACGCACCAGGCCGUACCGCUGGCACAUGGAUGCCGCGCUGUACGAGCACCUCCGCGUCGCUGCACGCCCAUCACGGUCCCCUCGCUGCCCCCGCAGACUCUGCCCUUCCCGUCCCACGAAACAGAACUAUGCAAAUCGCUGCAGACGCAACGCUCUUCUUCUCCGUGGCGCGGAACUUCGACAUCUUGUCCUGUCCCCCGCGGGACUAACCGCGAAGUCGCUCUCAACAACUACAGUGCACUACGCGCCGCGCGCCUACGAGAUAAUCCACAACUGCAAAACCACAUCAGACGGCCUAAGUAUUUCAUCCGUCGGCCGCGAAGUCCCAGUCAACGAGUUACCCCCGUUCGAGCCGAGCAAAGUCCAUUCUUUCUUUCCCUAUGGUGUGGAGGAACCCUGGGAAUGGGCGUCCGAUCGCGGGGUGUUAUGUUUAUUAUGCUCUUGAGACUCUCGAUCCCAAGACGGGGCGUUGGAUCCGUUAUUAACGAGCUGGCUGAGGUGAGAAGGAUAUGUUACGAGCUGCAGAAGAAGGUGUGUAGAUCGGAGAAUGUGUACGCGCACGAGUGGCGGGAGGGUGAUUUGGUCGUGUUUCAUAAUUAG